AUGAACCUUUAUGAAGCCUUGGGCUGGGACUGGGGCAAGAUUUAUUUUGAUAAUAUUGAUUCCUUCCACUCUAGAAUCCAGUGGUCUACAAAUAAGCUAAAGCGAGACCUUCCAUACCUCCCAUUCGUGAGUAAGAACAGACACUCUUAUCUCCCGAGAGACCUUCCAUGCAAACCGAAGAAGCUCGGAAUUUUAGAUUUUGGAACAAAUCUCAAGCAACUAGAUAUAUACAAAAACUCUGAAUUUGCAGAGUUAAGGUUUGAUCCUUAUCAUCUAAAUGAUCUGUUGUAUUAUUUUCAAGAUUAUGAGGGAAAAAAAGUCCUAUAUAAUGGCUGUAAAAGAGUUACCCUCAAUUAUGUAGUUCAAAGAAGCCAGGAACAAAACAUUGAAGAUCCAGAGACAAUAGAUUGACUUCUAGAGCACCUCCCAAGCUGAGAAUCGAUAAGAUUCCGGGGAUUUUUCACUGUCCGAAGACUUUUAAGAAAAUUCUUUGCAAAAAUUAACUCACUUCCUAACCUUCACAAGAUCAAGACUGCUGAAUUUGGAAUGGGAAAGAACCUGACUGACCCUCAGCUAUUCAUUCAAAAGGAGAAUGCAUAUAUUAUUGGCUGAAUUAGCCAUAAAAGAGUGAGAGACCCAGAGAUGCAUAAGCUUGGACAGAAAAUGUGGUAUGAGCCACAGUAUGUCCUGAUAAAAGCAACACAUUUUGAGUAUAAAACCAUCAAUAAAUCCUAUCUUCAGCUCCCCAAUUCUGUUCUUUUGAACAGACUCGAAAGCUUUGAGGGCUAUGCUAUUGAGAUCCAGAACUUUAAUGUGAUAAAUGAAGAUAUCUCAAAAGACAAGCUGAAAGAGCUGUAUCCCGAAUACUCUAAACAGAUCGAAAAAGUUAAAGCUGGCAUGCUUCUUUUACUUGAUUUCAACUCAGAAAUCAUGCUAGAUAUGUCAGAAAAGAGCAAAAUUUGUCAACAUCUCACUGAUAAAAGCAGUUCUUACACUCUCAAACUAUACCCUUGUUCCAAGAAUGGAGAGUACAAGGGCUGAGUGAGCUACAAAGAAGCUAUAAAAAUGCUUAAUAACUCUUCUGACAAAGCCGGGUUGCUCAAGAUUUAUGUGAUGCAAGACAUACCAUUGAGAUGGAAGUGAGAGUCUUUCAAAAAGAUUUCUUACAAAGAUUAUAACAAGCUACAAAAAUUGCAUCCUGCAUACUGAUUUUGCGGAGAUAUUAAAGAGCAAGUUGAUAACUUUUGUGAAUUCAUUGAUACCAUCAUGAGUUUCAAUGUUCUUGAGUUCAGAUACAACAGACUUCUCUUAAAGAAGCCUAAGAUACUCGACAAGUUGUGCCAAUUUCUUGAAACAAAUACCCAAUUAAGAGAUCUAGAACUAGAGGUUCCAACUAUUAAAGCUCUGAACAAAAUAUUUAACUCAAUUAGAAACAAUUUUCUCAUAAAGACACUUCAUCUAAAGAUCAAGGGUGAAAUCAGUGAAGCUUUAACCAAAAAGCUUCAAUGUUUCCAAAGAGAGAGAAUAUGUUGUGACAUUCUGCUCUCUAACAAUGAGUGCACAUUAUACAACUCAAAGCCUCGCAGCUUCACUACUUAUUACCCAAACUAGUUCAACCC